UCCUUGAGCACCCUCGGUCGCCUAUAUAAACCUGGCGAGCAAGGCGAGUCCGAUAUCUCUCACUACUGUCGCACACUCGCACUAGCAAGCUAGCACGACGCACGUAGGCCAGGCUGCAAGCUACACAGACCGGCUAGCGGGCGGUAUAAACAGAGCCAGGCUAGCUGUGGGUCGCGUGGUACGUACGGACGCGCUUUGCCAUGGGGUUCAUAGCCAUCGGCGGCGAGGAGCUCUUGGUGACGCUUGCGCCGGUGGCCGCGUACUGGCUCUACUCCGGGAUGUACGAGGUGCUGGGGAGCAGCAAGGCCCUGGCCAAGUACAGGCUUCACUCGAGGAGGGACGAGGAGACCAAGAACAUGGCGUCCAAGAAGGACGUGGUCAAGGGCGUGCUCCUGCAGCAGGCCAUCCAGGCUGCCAUCUCACUUGCUGUGCUCAAGCUGACAGGGGGUGAGCAAGACGGCGGCAUCGACGUCAAGUCCGGUGGGCGGGUCCAGCCGUCGACGGCGGCGGCGUCGUUCCUGGACACGGCCGCGAGGUUCGCCGUGGCCAUGGUGGUGCUGGACGCGUGGCAGUACUUCAUGCACCGGGUGAUGCACUCGAGCCGGUACAUGUACCGGCGGUUCCACUCGUGGCACCACCGCGUCGUCGCGCCAUACGCGUUCGCGGCGCAGUACAACCACCCGGUGGACGGCGUGCUCACGGAGACGCUGUCGGGCGCGGCCGCCUUCCUGGCCUCCGGGAUGGGCCCGCGCGCCGCCGCGGCCUUCUUCAUGUUCGCCACCGUGAAGGGGAUAGACGACCACUGCGGGGUGCUGGUGCCGUGGAACCCGCUCCACGCCGUCUUCCGUGACAACAACACGGCGUACCACGACGUGCACCACCAGCUCGGCGGCGGCCGGCGCAACUUCUCGCAGCCCUUCUUCGUGAUCUGGGACCGGCUGUUGGGCACGUACGCGGGCUACACCGUGGAGGAGCGCCAUGGUGGCGGGCUUCAGGUCAAGAUCACUAAAGAUCACGCGUAGCAUACUACGUACGCAGUUGCGCUUAUUGUACGCCUCGUGCAGUCUAGGGCUGGUCUAUGGUUUUACAUGUAGCUUAGGUAUCCAUCCAAAUACCUCAUAUUUUAUCUCCUAGUUUCAUACAAAUCAUG